ACCGGCGCUGGGAGCUGCUGCGUGUUCCGGGGUGAACACACUUUUACAUCCCAACGGGACUGCUCCGGCGCAGAAUGCAUAGCCCCUCUCGUUCUCCUGUUCAGUGGAGCUAGUUGUUAUCAUGGAUUUUUCACGGGUGUGUAUCCCUCCUCUAUCUAAGAGCUGCAGAGGAUGAGAAGACAGCCCAAGGCAGCUGGUGUGAGGCUGCUACAGGACACACUGCUCUGCGUGAUGCUAGUUGGAGUCCGAGUAGACUGGCGUCCUGCAGAGGGAAAGGAGGUGGUCUGUCCUCUGAGCUCACCUGCUCCAAACGCGUCACCAUGUUAAAAAUACCUGCUUUUGGUAAAGCUGCCACUGACAAACUGUACCGUCACCUGGACUGCUGAGCGCUUUAAGUGUUGUCUCUUCUGGAUUUUAGUUGCCUAUUGAAGGAUUUCAGCCUAACUUUGAGAAAUGGUCUGACAGCUCCAAAGUGAGUCAUCACCAGCCUGGGUCAAGUUAGCUGAUGCACUAAUGAUGGCCAAUAAUAAUGACUUACAGAAUGACCCGGGAGGGCUGUCGGUCCUGCAGCAGCUGGGUUUGGACCAGAGCUCAGACUUCUCAGACUCCAGUGUCCAGCAGCGCCUGGAUGAGCAGCGUGAAAGAAUUCGCAGAGAGAUCCGUAAAGAACUGAAGAUAAAGGAGGGAGCGGAGAACCUGCGGAGGGCCACUACAGAUAAGAGGAAUGCUCAGCAGGUGGACUCACAACUGCGCAGCUCUAAGCGUAAACUAGAGACUCUGCAAGCCCAGCUGCAAGAGCUGGAUGCACACAUUGUGGUCAAGGGACAUGACGAUAACAAAGAUGCCCCGCGGUCUCUUGGGUCAGUCGGCCAGACAUCAGCCACUGAGCACAGGAUUGCAGCUCUGGAGCGGCAGCUCAACAUCGAGCUCAAGGUCAAACAGGGGGCAGAGAACAUGAUCCCCAUAUAUGCCAACGGAGCUACCAAGGACAAGAAGCUUCUUCAGGCAACUCAACAGAUGCUGCAGGACAGCAAGACCAAGAUUGACAUCAUUCGCAUGCAGAUCCGAAAGGCCAUGCAGGCCACGGAGCAGUCCGAGGACCACCACAGUAAAGCAGACCUGUGUGGGGUGGAGCUGCGGGUGGAGGAGCUGUGGCAUCAUUACAGAGUGGAACAUGCCAUGGCUGAGGGAGCGAAGAACAUGCUGAGGCUGCUGGGAGCCGGCAAGGUCCAGGACAAGAAGGCCAUAGCCGAGGCUCAGUGUGGUCUAAGCGAGUCCACCCAGCGGCUGGACCUCCUGAAGUGUUCUUUAGAGCAGAGACUACAGGAGCUGCCUGAGGACCACCCCAAGGCCUGUCUCAUCAAAGAGGAGCUGGUGUUGGCCACUUCCACUGCUUUCAGCAAUCGUCACAGCGCCCCCUAUGUUCACAAUCAAUAUAGCACACUCAGCAAACCCUCCCCUCUCACAGGUACUCUACAGGUGCAUCUGCUGGGCUGUGUGGGGCUCCUGGAGAUGGUCCCAGGACGUAGCAGAGGGACUCCUGUCUCUCUCCCCUCUCACUCUCUGGGUGACGGACGCUCCUCUUUCAAACUAAGUGGUCUUUACAGCCGCAGCACCAGCAGCAUGAGCCUGAAGAUCCCCAGUAAAAACGAGGAGCUCUCAUCGGAGGUGAGCGCAGUGCUGAAGCUAGAGAACACCGUGGUUGGGCAGACAGGCUGGAGGACUGUGGGUGAACAAGCCUGGGACCAGACUUUCACUGUGGAUCUUGAGAGAUCCAGAGAGAUGGAGAUAGCGGUUUACUGGAGAGACUACCGCUCCCUGUGUGCUCUCAAGUACCUGAAGUUGGAGGAGUUCCUGGACAAUCAGAGACACCGAGUCCAGCUGGAACUAGAGCCACAAGGCCUGCUGUUGGCUGAGGUGACGUUUUUUAACCCAGUGAUAGAGAGAGGUCGCAGACUGCAAAGGCAAAGGAAAGUCUUCUCCAAACAACAUGGUAAAGCCUUCUUGCGUGCUCGUCAGAUGAACGUGGACAUUGCUACAUGGGUGCGGCUGCUCCGGAACGCUAUCCCUAGUGGAAGUAACACCCCCACCUAUACCCAAAGCUUCAGCAACAACACUCUCUCAAAUAACACAGGAGAAAUUUCAGUAGAAAAGCUGAAUUUGGAUAGUGACUCUCCUCCGAAAGCAGAGAUCAGGAGAGACGCAGUGAGCUGUCCCACUGCGGAACCAACACCCCCCUCAGUACCCGAAUUCACAACCAACGUUCACGAGUCACCAACCAAUGCAUUAUCCCGCAACUCGUCACGCAGAACUAGCAGCCCUCUGUGCCUGCAGGACUUCAAGCUGAUCGCUGUACUCGGCAGGGGGCAUUUUGGCAAGGUGCUGCUGUCAGAGUACAAAAGGACAGGCAGCCUUUACGCUAUCAAAGCCCUGAAGAAAGGUGACAUUGUUGCACGGGAUGAAGUGGAAAGCCUCAUGUGUGAAAAGCGCAUAUUCGAGGUGGUGAACAGCUUGCGGCACCCCUUCCUGGUGAACCUGUUUGCGUGCUUCCAGACCCCAGAACAUGUAUGUUUUGUGAUGGAGUACACGGCUGGGGGGGACCUGAUGAUGCACAUCCAUGCAGACGUAUUCUCUGAGCCCCGCGCUGUCUUCUACUCAGCAUGUGUGGUCUUGGGCCUGCAGUUUCUACAUGACCAUAAGAUUGUUUACCGGGAUCUUAAACUAGACAACCUGCUGCUGGACACAGAGGGUUUUGUGAAGAUAGCAGACUUUGGGCUCUGUAAAGAAGGCAUGGGUUAUGGAGACAGGACUAGCACUUUCUGUGGGACCCCUGAGUUCCUGGCCCCAGAAGUGCUCACAGACACAUCCUAUACCAGAGCAGUGGACUGGUGGGGGCUGGGGGUACUCAUCUAUGAGAUGUUGGUAGGAGAGUCUCCAUUCCCAGGUGAUGAUGAGGAGGAGGUCUUUGACAGCAUAGUGAAUGAUGAAGUGCGCUAUCCACGGUUUCUCUCCACUGAGGCCAUUGGCAUUAUGAGACGGUUGCUGAGGAGAAAUCCUGAAAGACGUCUAGGCUCUGGUGAGAAGGAUGCAGAAGAUGUCAAAAAACAGCCAUUCUUCAGAGGUGUGGACUGGGAGGCACUCCUUCAGAGAAAACCCCCGCCCCCUUUUGUUCCAACCAUUCAAGGAAAAGAAGAUGUGAGUAACUUUGACCUGGAGUUUACAGCGGAGGCUCCCACACUGACCCCUCCACGGGAACGUCGCACACUUUCUCGCAAAGAACAGGACUAUUUCAAGGAUUUUGACUAUACCUCUGACCUGUGCUAGGGUCAGAUGGCUAUUCAAUAUUAGCCAUAGACUGCAAUAUUAUUGGCUGAAACCUGGUCAUGUUGAUUGCAAUUUAAAGCAUUGGUUGACCUCCAGACAGCAGUGGCUUUUUAUGGGAAGGAAGUUGAAUCGGACUGUAAUCCAGAUUAUGUAACAAGUGGCAGAUGUUGUGGUGUGUUCUGCCCAGCAACACAGUGCCCAGUGUCGGCGUCCUGUGUCUCUUUUCCCUUUAAUCUCUGCUGUUGGUGCUGCUACAGUGUGUUAGACAUUUACAUUGGCCCUUCCUGUUUUUAAUGUAUCCGGUGCACCUCCUGCGUAUCGCCACAAGAUGGAGUCCAACAAGUAAGAAUAGCACAAAUCAAACCAGUCGAGUCUUGCUUCACAACCACAAUCAUUUUGUCCUUUCUCUGUUUUUUGGUACAGCACAGACUUUUAUCAAUCAUUCCGACUUUGCUUUUCCUUUGUGAUCUUCAAUUUUGUUGUUUUCUUUUCUCAUGUGUCAGUUGCUGUUGAAUGUGUUAAAAACUGUGACUCAGUAAAAAUGUGAACCC